CUCAACCUCGCAACUCCAAUUGCUUCAAGUUUCACAGUGGCAGCAGCAUUUGAAAAUGGAGUCGGUUGCUCACAGCAAGAAGAGGAAGUUCAAGGACGCCAAUGGCUCCAAAAAAUUGGUUACCAAACAGACGAUUGUCUCAGCUCAAACUCCACCUACCCCCAAGGCGAAAAAGUUGAAGCGUGCCAAACCAGAGAUCGACAUCCGUGAGGCAUUCACAAGCGAAGAAGACGACGACGAAGAGGUCGAAGCAGACGAAGAGGAGGCAGACGAUGAGCCAGAAAUUGACGCAGCAGAGAGCGAGGAAGAGGACUCGGCAGCAUAUGAGGAUAACGAACUGAACAAGCGGAUUACCUCGGUGAAUGUCGAGGAUGGUGACGAUGCCGUCGCCAAAGUUGCCGGUUUGCCCGAUGGAAGCAGUCUUUCCUUGCCAACAACGGUCAACGAGAACGCACAAAACUUCUCCGACCUGAAGCUUACCGAAAUGACCAUGAACGCCAUCAAGGACAUGGGCUUCACAUCAAUGACAGAAAUUCAGCGCAAGGCGAUCCCGGCACUGUUAGCAGGACGAGACGUUCUGGGUGCGGCCAAGACAGGUUCAGGAAAGACGUUGGCCUUUUUGAUCCCGGCCGUGGAAAUGUUGAGUGCUCUUCGUUUCAAGCCGAGAAAUGGUACCGGCGUGAUCGUGGUGUCACCCACCAGGGAAUUAGCACUUCAGAUCUUCGGAGUCGCAAGAGAGCUUAUGGCGAACCAUUCCCAGACGUAUGGCAUUGUCAUUGGUGGAGCGAAUCGAAGGGCCGAAGCCGAAAAGCUCUCCAAAGGUGUCAACCUUAUUGUGGCGACGCCCGGAAGGCUAUUGGAUCACUUGCAAAACACCCCAGGUUUUGUCUUCAAGAACCUCAAAUCCCUCGUAAUUGAUGAGGCCGAUCGGAUUUUGGAAAUUGGAUUUGAAGACGAAAUGCGCCAGAUCAUCAAGAUCCUGAACUCAGGGGAGAAGGAUAGGCAAACAAUGCUCUUCAGCGCAACUCAGACCACUAAAGUUGAGGAUUUGGCACGAAUUUCUCUUCGAGCUGGUCCUCUGUACAUCAAUGUCGACGAUACAGCGCAAUUUAGUACAGUGGAGGGACUGGAACAGGGUUACGUUUUGUGUGAAGCAGACAAACGCUUCCUGUUACUGUUCUCUUUCCUGAAGAGAAAUAUGAAGAAGAAGGUCAUUGUCUUUUGCUCCAGUUGCAAUUGCGUUAAGUACUAUGCUGAGCUCUUGAACUAUAUCGAUCUUCCAGUUUUGGAUUUGCAUGGAAAACAGAAGCAACAGAAAAGAACGAAUACUUUCUUUGAGUUUUGCAACGCAAAGCAAGGUACCCUCAUUUGCACCGACGUGGCUGCUCGAGGCCUUGACAUUCCCGCUGUAGACUGGAUCAUCCAGUUUGACCCUCCUGAUGAUCCUCGAGACUACAUCCAUCGCGUGGGGCGCACUGCCCGUGGCUCAAACACCAAGGGUCGCUCCCUUAUGUUCCUCCAGCCCAGUGAAUCCGGGUUUCUAUCACACCUCAAGACGGCGCGAGUGCCUGUAGUUGAAUUCGACUUCCCCAAGAACAAGAUUGUCAAUGUUCAGUCACAGUUGGAGAAGCUCGUUUCUCAGAACUACUACCUGAACAAGUCUGCGAAAGAGGGCUUCAGAUCAUACAUUCACGCGUAUUCCAGCCAUAGUCUGCGGACUGUCUUCGAUAUCAACAAGCUGGAUUUGGCCAAAGUAGCCAAGAGCUUUGGAUUCAAUGCCCCGCCGAGGAUUGACAUCCAGUUGGGGGCCAGUAUGAGUAAGGACAAGAAGGCUCAAGGACGACGAGGCUACGGCAGCCAACCGAAACAACCCUCGCGGCAAAGCUACAACCAGCGAUGAGAUGCGGGGUGUUGAGCGAUGGCAUGAGUUGUAUUACAUUGAUUCCAUGGUCGGAUAUGCCCACUGGCGUUUGCUAAACAAAACAAUGAAUUGACAAUUGAACCCUGCAAAUCCAUUGUG